AUGACUGCGUUUGCGCCCCGUCAAUCGCAGGAAGCGCGGCUUGCAGACAAACCCCACCACUCACCCCCACCACUCCAACAAGACCCAUUCGCCCACCAGCUCAACCCGCCGCCCGCCAGUCUGCAGCAGAACACUCCACGCAUCUCCCACCGCUCCUCGGCCGACUUCAGAAACAACUCCUCCAACGGCGGCAUGACGGGCGCGAACGGCAACGGGCCUAUGCCGGUGCCAGGCGGGCCGCAUGGUCGCAUGGGCAGCAACGGACACGGACAUGGAGCGAACUUGCGCGAGAUGGGCUUUGGCGGCCCGCGCAGCCCCCCGAACAACAAGAGUACCUCGCAUGUGCCGUGCAAAUUCUACCGCCAGGGAGCUUGCCAGGCCGGCAAAGCCUGUCCCUUCCUGCAUUCGGAUGAGCCGCUGACGGAGCGCGCACCUUGCAAGUACUUCACAAAGGGCAACUGCAAAUUCGGUCCCAAAUGCAUGCUCGCACACAUUCUCCCCAACGGUCACGUCGUAAAUCGCAACAACAUCGGACAUCAUGGCCACGGUCAUGGCGGAGGAGGUCCGUUUGGCCGUAUGAAUAUCCCACAUCAUCCCGACCCCGCACCCAGCAGUUCGCUGUUAUCCAUGGCCCAUCUAGCACCCGCCAAUGCCCAAUAUCAAUAUCCGCCGCAGGACGAAUAUCUCGGCAACCAGAAGGACCAGUACGACAUGAUACCCACCAUUGACACCACCUUCUCCUCUCAUCCCGGUUCCAACUAUGGAUCUCCCCCCAAUGAGAACGGCCGUAUGCCCAUCUCACCCGUGCAGAAGGGCCUCAGCGUCAUGGACGUGCAGCUGCCGGCGUCAUUCGACAGCCAAGGUGUCUCUCACAUGGCACGAUAUGGCCCUGUUGCUUCUUCUGUUCCCGCCAAGUUCCUCACCGGCUCUCCUCCCCAGUCCUUCCUUGGCGAGUCUCCGGCUCUUCGAAAUCUGCAUGAUUCAGCAUUCGGCGAGAACUCUCGGAGCAUGGCUGCAGCAUUGGGAUCUUCUCCGCCUGAGUCGAUCGAACAGCCCGCAGGCCGUCGAAUCAUGCACUCCGAGAUGGGUGCGCAUCGGUCAAGGGGCAUGAUGUCCUCGAGUGUUGGCGCGCGACCGCCGCUCGCCAUGAACGACGAAUGGGAUGAUCUGGAAAACCUCGGGAAAUUCGAAGAAGAUCUGAUACCGAGCUCGUUGAACGACUUACUGACUCCACAGGAGAAGAUGCGCCGAUUUUCGCGCGAUCAUGGCGACAAUGACGGCAAUUCUCUCUCUCAUCGAACCUCUUUUUCUAGGUUGGGUGCCUCUCCAACAGCAUCAGACGCCAAAGCUGGAUCCUCACCCUCCCGAUUCCAGUCUAUCUGGGGCAAGCGUCCUACGCAGGAAUCUACUUUCGAAUCUGGUUCACUAGGCUCGCAAUUUGGACAUGUGGGCUCACCGCUCCGCAACUCCACCCUACACCCUGGCGCCAGCCCGUCACUCCGUGCCAUGACACGACCACACAAUGAUGCAAAUUCCUUCGUCUCCUCACCUCCCCGGCAAGCCUCUAUGAGCAUGAUCAGCCAGCAACUACAGCGCACACGGCUUUCAUCACGUGCUUCGGAAGAAGGCGGUCCGCCUAGCGUUCCUAUGCACCCAGGCAUGAAUCGGCUCACCUCCGCCUCCAGCAUCGGAAGCCCAAGUGGGCGUCUUGGCAUGGACAGAGCUGUCAGCAGCAGCAGCAUUAAUCGCGAGAGGAUCGAAGAAGAGCAGGGCCUGUUCAGUAUGGAAGAAGAGGAGGGGCUCGACGGCAAGGGGAGAGAUGGGGCAUCGACGACCUCCAGCACGAGCAACAAGCGAUUAAGCGGUCUCUCCUGGGGCAGCGGCGGCAAAGCAAGCCCGAACUUGAACCCAAUUGGCGGACAUAGAGCUGCCAAGUUCUCGUAA